AUGCCUAUCCCAAUUAUAGCCCAUGGCAUCCAGGAAGGCAUCUCCGCCAUCCCUUAUGCCUGGUCAACUAUUAAAAUUGCUCCAUGGCUUCUCCUCAUAGGUGCAAUUAAGUUCUACUCCGGCGGAGCCCGCAACACCUCCGAGCGGAUGAUGCAUUCGAAAGUGGUGAUGGUGACGCUUUUGUUUAGGGGGGGCACAUCGGGCAUUGGUGCAUCGGUCGUUUACGAACUCGCCUCCCGCGGCGCUCAAGUCAUCCUACUCACUAAACAACCCCCCAACGAUGUCUUCCUCGUCGAGUAUAUUGAAGACCUGCGCAAGUCAACGGGUAACCAAUUGAUAUACGCCGAGCAAGUUGACUUGGCCUCAUUGUAUUCCGUCCGCACAUUCGCCACCAAAUGGAUCGACAACACCCCGCCCCGUCGUCUCGACGCUGUCAUUCUAUGCGCAGGCGUAGCACCCCCGAACAAUGCUCGCAAGGACACACCCGACGGGAUUGACGAGGAAUGGCAAAUCAACUAUCUAUCCAACUUCCAUCUGUUGAGCAUCUUAAGUCCUGCCCUGCGCGUGCAGCCCGCCCAUCGUGACGUCCGAGUCAUCUUCACAACCUGCUCAGGAUACAUCGGUGCCAAGUUCGACCUGGAGUCGGUCAAGCGGCAGCCUCAGAGCUUGAAGUCCAAGUCUGCUAAGCCCAAGGGCGUCUACGCGCUAAGCAAGUUCUCUCUCAUGUCUUUCGCCCACUCCUUCCAACGCCACCUGAAUGCCUACAAACGUCCCGAUGGUCUUCCGCCCUGCACUCGCGUUCUUGUCGUUGACCCGGGUCUAACGCGGACCCCUGGAACUCGGCGUUGGAUCACGCGUGGCUCGCUCUGGGGUCUGUUGCUGUAUCUGAUCACAUGGCCUAUUUGGUGGCUUCUUCUCAAAUCUCCACACCAAGGUGCCCAAAGUGUGAUUUAUGCUGCGAUGGAGGAGUCAUAUGGACGUGGAGAGGGUGGCUGGUUCAUCAAAGAAUGUCACGAAAUGGACUACGCCAGAACUGAUGUGAAGGAUGAGAACCUGGGCAAGCGGAUUUGGGAAUUCAGUGAGAAGCAGAUCGAAGAGGCAGAGAAGGAAGGGGCUGUCAAGAGGGCUUUAGAGAAGAAAGAGAAGGAAACGGAAGCUGAAAACAAGACUCGCAAGGAGACUUCCUCGGCCAAGGCACAAACCCCUGGCUCAAGACGGAGCAAAAAGAAUAAAUGA